AUGGGGAGGUCGCCGUGCUGCGAGAAGGAGCACACCAACAAGGGGGCGUGGACCAAGGAGGAGGACCAGCGGCUGAUCGCCUACAUCAGGGCCAACGGCGAGGGCUGCUGGCGCUCGCUGCCCAAGGCGGCGGGCCUGCUGCGGUGCGGCAAGAGCUGCCGCCUCCGCUGGAUGAACUACCUCCGCCCCGACCUCAAGCGCGGCAACUUCACCGACGAGGAAGACGAGCUCAUCAUCCGCCUCCACAGCCUCCUCGGCAACAAGUGGUCGCUGAUCGCCGGCCAGCUGCCGGGCCGGACGGACAACGAGAUCAAGAACUACUGGAACACGCACAUCAAGCGCAAGCUCCUCUCCCGCGGCAUGGACCCCCACACGCACCGCCCGCUCACCGCCGUCGACGGCGGCGCCGCGUCGUCCCGCCCGGCACACAUCGCAGUGCCGGCGAGGGCAGCGCCGCCCACGAUGUUCGCCCUGCCAACAAAGCAGCCUCCCGUGGAUUCCUCCUCCUCCGACGGCAGCAGCGGCGCGACGAGCACGGGGGAGCCGCGAUGCCCCGACCUGAACCUGGACCUGUCGGUAGGCCCGCCGGCGGCCGACACGCCGACCUCGCACCCCGUCUGCCUCUGCCGCCACCUCGGCCUCCGAGGCGGGGCGGCGUGCAGCUGCCGCCAGGGCGACAGCCCGGGCUCCCAGGGGGGCGGGUUCAGAUAUUUCAGGCCGCUGGAGGAAGGCCAGUACAUAUGA